AUGAAUUCUGACAAAGUUAUUGUUUUGAAUGAUUGCAAAGAUAAGAUGCAAACGAUGCAUGUGAAUAACGAAGCUGACAAGAAUGACCUUCUGCAGGCCGUUAUUGCAGAGACUGUAACCAAUAUCGUUGAUUUAGUGUGCAGGGGAUGUAUAUCAUUCCAUUACUCUUUCGCUCAUUGCAAUAUUGUCGAUCCAACAAGUUUUAGAAUUGCUAAUUCUACGAGAAACAACGAUAAACUCUCGAGGAGCACAUCCAUUGUUCAAUCGAGCAGUGAUAGUUCGGAUGGUGAAUUUGAUAGAAUUUUGGAAAGUACUGGACGGCAGACGUCAUUGCAACGGGAAGAAGAUGAUGAUAUAGAUGUUACUGUUUCAGCGAAAACAAAUGCAAAACUUGUUGAGCAUGAGUAUGAUACGAUGCCUGCUAUAGAGGAGCUGAGAAUUCAUGUGGAAGAAGACAUUUUGUUGGAACAAUUUGGAAGAAUUGUGAAUAUCGUCGAUAGAUUAGUAGUGAUUGAAGCUGAUUCAAAUAUUGCACUUGAUUUUGAUACUGUAAUUUUCGAUGCUGAACGCAACGCUGUGGGACGGGUAUUUGACAUCUUCGGACCAGUUGCUAAACCAAUGUAUGCGAUUCUUUUCAACGAUAUUAAGGGAGCAAGUGAAUGGAGAGUGGAUAGUGCAAUGUAUUACGCCCCAGCGGCUUCCCAGUUUACUCAUACAAUAUUUACGGAGAAGUUGAGGCAAGAAAAGGCAAGUGAUGGCUGUUGGGAUGGUGAAGGUGAGUGUCCUGAUGACAUGCUAGCAUUCAGUGAUGAUGAAGCUGAACAACGGUAUAAAGCAAAGCAUCGAUCUGUAAAAGUCGACGAUAGAAAUCAGCACAUCAACAGCCCCAGAAACAAGAAAGCACGAUAUUCAUCAAAGCAUGGCCGGCCAAAAUGUACAAACAGUAGGAGACAUAACAUAACGCGGCAGUUCCGAAACGGUGGUAGUACCAUAGGCAGCAAUUUUGAACAGAAUCCGACGCAGCAGUCAUCUUUUUGGUCAGCAGCGGUGAACAAAGAUGGAUUUCGGCAGUUUUUGCCAGAUCGUCGUUGGACAUCAGAACGCCCAAGUCAAUCAUUCUUUGAAAGAGACAGAGAUUCAAGGCAACAAUUACCUUUUUGUUCCCUUGCGAAAGAUGAAAAAAUGUUAUGUGAUGGAGUGUUUCCGUGGACAAAUGAAAUCCCAUUACAAAGUAUGAACAAUUUAUCUGCUCAACGUAGUACUUUAAAUUCAUCCUUAAUUAAUCGUCAUUUGCACAUGUUUUCAAAUCCGAGGUCUUAA